GAACUAAAUGUUUUCUAAUUUAAAAAGGUCUUUUGAGCUCCUUGAGUGCCUUUGGUCUUCUUCGGUGUCAUUUUUAUUGUUAUCUGUCUCCUCAGCAGUACUGCUUUCCAGCCCUCCCCCAGGGACUUCUUACACAUGUUUUUAUUUUUCUUUGGCACCUCCAUAAUGCUCAGAUCUGGCUGUGGAGGAGCCCUGAGUGGUGGAGUGUUCUGAAGCCUCCAUUCCCCUUUCCUCCUAACCUGAGGCCUCGUACUGCUGUAAAGAACAGGCUUCCCUAGAACUUCUGCAGAGACUUCCUGAAGGCCGGAGACCUCACUCUCACUCAGCUGCCCACCGCCCCAACAGCUGCGAAGCUGGGCCUAAUCUACCUAGGAACUGGUGACCUCAAAGAGCCUUCUCAAAUGAUAAGCUUGGAAAGCCGGUGCUCCAAGGAGUCGGGGAGGAUGGAGUGGAAAGGAAAGGGAAGAACUGAACUGUGCUUCUCACGGAAGCUCGCGGCUCCCCAGGUUUCAGAGAUGGGGGAACCGUGGGGAAGGCCAAGGCCUGCCGUGGGCUACGAAUUGCUGGUCUGGAGCCAGGAGAGUGAUAGGGGGCACCACAGACCGGAGCAUCUCAAGGUGGACUGCCUUCCGGCUGCAGCAAAUAUCAACAUCGCCAGUAGUCGGAUGGCGGUGGGUGGCUCUGGCGACUGCGACCGACCGUCGGAUUCUCAUCGCGCGCCCAGGUGGUCCCCGCUUUCACCAAGCGCUUGGGAGGCGACGGGUCUUCUCAAGACUCGCGUGACAGUGGCGGGUAAAGGGGGGUGCUGGAGUGUUGGCCCCCGGCUCCUGACCUCGAGAAGCUAGGUCUGUUCCUCCAGCCGCCAUUCCCGCUCUGAACCCAGGCAAAGUCUUGCUUUCUUUCCAGGGUAAUUUAGGGAUCCCGUGUGUCGUGAGUCUUUGAGGGGCGGGUAGUAAACGCCCCCUGGAGGAGCAGAAAGCCUCGCGUUACAAUUUGUCCUCGCCCCCCAGCCCGCCUCCCGGAUUUCCCGCUUUCUUCCUCUCCACGGUUCUCUCCUCCCACUCAGGUCACGGAUGGGCGGGCCCUGGAGCAGCCAAUUUACUAGCAGGUGACCAGGGCUCAGGCUAGUGUGAUUGGGAUGCUGUAAGCGAGUCGGGGACUCACUCCCAGGCCGACUCUUGGGACUGUCCCAUCUAUUACCAGUUUCUUAGCUGGCCUUCAAACAGGUGGUGGCUCCUUGAUUCUUCUGAGAGCCUGGAGGAGAGUAGGGGACCCCGAGACCCAGAGCGCAGAUGGAGUCAUCAUCCGGAUUGGCGACCAGAUACGAUUGACGUCUCGCUCCACAGGCAGAGGGAGCUUCUGCAGCAGUGUGAAUUGCGGAUGACAAGUCCUGAGAGGUUUACCUUAGGAGUUAGUGUUUCUGUAAGAAGAACACCAUGGAGUCCUUUGAAGAACUAACUGACACAACAGAUGAAGAGUCCACCAACAAACCCUACAGUGAAAAUUACCAGCUCUGGAACCUCAAGGCCAAGGAAAUUUUUACUACCAGGACCCAAAGUUACUUCAUGAAGACUAAAAGAACUAAGAACAUUUUGACACACUUGGCUUUCUCUCUUGGGCUAGGCAGCAUGUGGCGUUUCCCUUACCUGUGUCAACAGAAUGGAGGAGGUAGCUUCAUCCUGAUGUACUUACUCAUGCUCCUCUUCUUCGGGAUUCCCCUGUUGUACAUGGAGAUGAUCAUAGGGCGGUGGCUGCGUGUAGACAUCAUCCAGGUCUGGAAGCAGCUCGUUCCCUGGCUAGGUGGCAUGGGCUACACUAGUAUACUGGUCUGCAUGUUGAUGAGCUUGUAUAACAGUGCCGUCCUCUCCUGGAGCCUCUACUACCUGGCCAAUUCCUUUGACCAUCCCUUGCCUUGGGACUAUUGCCCGCUGGUGAAGAACAUCAGUGUCACUGACUUCUCUUGCCUUCAGACUGUGCCCCACCAAUACUUCUGGUACCACACCACCCUGGAAGCCUCAGGCCACAUUGAGGAAGGGAUCCAGAACCUCGUCCUGAAGCUCAGCCUGGGUGUCUUAACAACUUGGAUCUUCCUUUUCAUCAUUAUCAUCAUGGGGCUCGAUUUGUCAGUGUUGUUGCUGUUUUUCUCGAUAAUCCUCCCCUACAUCUUCCUCCUCUGCAUCUUCAUCAAAUGUCUCUUUCUGGAAGGUGCAGUUGCCAGCCUGGAACGUAUGAUAACCACAGAGCUCUCUGCCUUGUCCUCGAUGGAACUGUGGCGUCAGGCAGGAGGCCAUGUGCUCUAUUCCCUGGGCCUCGGCAUGGGCACUAUCAUCACCUCCUCCUACGAGGCUGGAAGGGACAACUUUGUCAAGACAACCUUCCUCGUAGUCCUGGGAAACCUGAUGACCUCGAUGCUGACCACGUCCAUCAUCUUUCUAGUGCUGGGGUUCUGGGCUACCACCAGUGGCCAUGCCUGUGUUCAGAAGAGUGUCUCAAGGCUGAUAGAGCUGAUAUCCGUUGGGGUGCUACCCAAGGAGGCCAAGCCCCCAGAUAACAUCCUGCUCAUGCUCCCCCAGGACUACCUGAACUGGAUCAUCCACCUCCCCAGAUACCUCCAGUACCAGGUCAUCCACCGCUCCCUGUCCUGCAGUGUCAGAGAGCAGAAGGAAAAGCUCAUGGAGGGCCCUGGCCUCACAUUUGCAGCCUUCUCCCAGGCCGUCUCAUUGCUCCCUCAUGCCUCUCUCUGGGCCAUCCUCUUCUUCCUGGCUCUGUUCAUCACAGGCCUGGGCACCUUGAUAAAAACCUCGGAGAACAUUGUCCUUUCUCUCCAGAACUCCACAGUCUUCGUGAAGUGUCCCGGCCUGGCCCCAGUUGUCGUCUGCCUGGGAGGGCUUCUGGGCAGCCUCGUCUUCAGCAGUCACGCCGGCAGCUACAUAAUGUCUUUGUUUGAUGACCACCUGGUCCCUCUCACCCUUGUCGCCAUUGUGACAUUCCAGAAUAUGGCUCUGUCCUGGAUCUAUGGAGCCCACAGGUUUAGGGAGGAGAUGAUCCGUGACUUAGGGCGCCUUCUGAGACCCUCCUUCACUUUCCUGUGGUGCUACGUGACACUGCCCGGGCUGCUGGCCCUCCUCACCAUCUGCAUCCUGCCCCUCCAUCACAAGGAAACCUCCUAUAUUACCUGGAACAGAAGUAUGAGCCAGGAAGUAAAGCAGCCCUACCCGAACAGCGCCCUGGGCUGGGUCACCUUCCUCAGCGUCUUCGCCUUUCUGCCGAUACCGGCCUACCUGCUUUGCCACUGGUGGUUCCUCCAGGACCCCAUGACCUCUGGGACAGCGUCCUUCCAAACGAUGACCAUGGACUCCUCCAAACCCGGGAGGUGGCUCAAGCACCCUGUGAGGAAAUCCACCUCCAGUUCCCAGAACAAAGUCCAGGAGACUUCGAGGUUCACCCAGUCCCCAGGGAGGAACCCCGAGAGACCCUCCUUCAGCAUGACUCCCAUCGCCUCCGUGUUCUCCUUGUGGAGCAGCAGCCUCAUCACUUCCAAGCAGGUAAGCCCGAUGUUCGUAGCUGUGGACAACAAUGUCAAGCUUGGGGAGACCACGGAAGAAAAGAUGCCCAACAACUCUACAGAUUAACUGGCGACAUUGCCCGUCUUCCGAGGCAGCAAAUCCGUCUGCUAACUGGCAGCCCACAUGGCCGUUUUGCUACAAGAAUCAUCGGUUCUGCCAGAAAGAGCAGGGGUGCGUGCAGAAAAUCUGCCUACCAACAGGGAACGUAACUCAUUUAGAUUUGGACGGAAAUGCACAAACGCUCUUUCUUCUCCUGGAAGAGGAGUGAUCCUGCUACUGGAGAGCUUGGAAGAAGAAUCUUUGAUUCUAGAUGUUUCUGAUGCCAGACCUAGAACUCCCUUUUCCUCUGUGAAGUUGGGGCACCCCGCUUUGGGCACAAGGGCAUAAAAUCCCAGGACUCUGAAGGACCUGAGCUCCUCAGUUAUCAUGGAGAGAGAAGGUGUUCCCUCCCGCCUCCCAGCCUCACCACCAACUAGUCAGUGGUGUGGCCACCUCACCAGGGGGACCUCAGAUUAGGGCAGAGACAGCAAUGUGUGUGUCAAUAAAUGGGUCCUCUUGGACUCCAAGCACAGGCUGUA